AUGGAGACAUCGGGGGAGGAUGAGAACGAGACACUCGAUUUCUGGCGAGAUUGGGAUCUGAGCAAUCUGACUGAAACCGAGUAUCUGAAUAAGGUGCUGGGACCCAGGUACUUGCCUCUGAGAUUAGUGAUACCUCUUACGAUCGCCUACCUGCUGAUCUUUGUCGCUGGCGUCUUCGGUAACAUCGUCACAUGCACGGUCAUCGUUCGAAAUGCGUCCAUGCAGACAGCCACAAAUUACUAUCUUUUCAGUCUGGCUAUAUCUGAUCUCACUCUACUUAUGCUGGGUCUUCCCAAUGAGUUGAGUGUAUUUUGGCAGCAAUAUCCGUGGGCUCUGGGUGCGGGACUUUGCAAGAUACGAGCAUAUGUGUCGGAGAUGUCGUCUUAUGUGUCAGUUCUCACGAUCGUAGCAUUCUCUAUGGAGAGGUAUUUGGCCAUCUGUCAUCCGUUGCGCGUAUAUUCGAUGAGCGGUCUCAAAAGACCAACACGCUUCAUCCUUGCGGCCUGGUCGAUCGCGAUGAUCUCGGCAAUACCAUUUGCUAUUUAUACCAAGGUCAAUUUCGUCGAAUAUCCGCCAGGAUCCGGGAAUUAUUCGGCUGAUUCGGCAAUUUGCGCGAUGCUUCUGCCCGAUAUGCCAAAAUUUCCGCUUUACGAACUCAGUUCUAUCGUAUUCUUUUUGAUACCGAUGUUCAUAAUCCUUGUAGUAUAUACGAGAAUGGGACUAAAAAUUAAGAGCAGUACCAAAAAAAUGCUUGGUCCAAUACAAGGCUUUGUUCAUGGUGAUUCUCGACAGACUCAAUCCAGAAAAUCUGUCAUCAGGAUGUUGAGCGCGGUCGUUAUCAUGUUCUUCCUCUGUUGGGCUCCAUUUCACGCCCAACGUCUGCUUUACAUUUACGCACAAGAUUCUGAUUAUUAUCCAGAUUUAAACGAAUGGCUGUAUAUUCUUAGUGGAUGUCUGUAUUAUUUCAGCACCACUGUCAAUCCUAUUCUCUAUAAUUUAAUGAGCAUCCGAUAUCGCCAGGCGUUCAAACAAACGAUAUGCUGCAGAACAAAGAGACCAACGAAUAAAAUCUUAAUGGAUAAAGGAUCUCAUUUGCGUAGACGUAAUUCUGUGAACAAAAUUCGCGAUCGAAGCGUCAUGUACUCUAUUAGACAUAGCAUGGCUCAAGUCAAAGAGAUAUUCUGUUUUAUACCGAACAGACAGGAAAAUACCAAGAAUAGAAAUAGCGAAAAUACAAGCAGUUUUCCUCAAAAUGCUUACUUGUUACAAAAGAAAGAUUCAUCUUCGAUAUUUCUCUUUGAACGAGGACAUUUACUCGUUCACCAACAACCUAGCAACGAAAGCACAACGUCUACGAAAAGAUCAGAAGAUACGAUUUCCAUAGCUAAAACCAAUUUGUGAUUUAUCUUCAUUUUCUGUAUUUGUAAACCAAAUAGCGCGCAACAUUGUAAAUAAUUUGUUUGAACUAUUGAUUAUAUAAACAUUAAAAGAAUUUUACAGCAUUGUAUAACAUUGUAAAUAACU